AUGGAUGUUUUCCUAGUUCUCGUGUUUACUGCAUCGUGUAUGCAGAUGGCAAAAGGUGAUGCAACAGAUGCACCCUUGAUUCGGAUUAUGGAGGGCUCACAUCUCACGUCUGUACUUGGCACGAACCUUACCCUGAAUUGCAAACUGAGAGAUGACAUCAACAUCACAACUGGCAAUGUUAACUUCAACUGGUAUUUCGUCGACAAACUGGUAUCUUUGUGUACCGAGGCCCGACAACCAGAUGGAUCCAGUUGCAGCCUGGUCAUCGGACCCGUCAGAGCGUCUUCUGAAGGACUGUACAAGUGUACCCUGUUUGACGGAGAGACGUUUUUCGAAAGUACCACAGAGUUGACUGUCGUAUCUCCUUACACUACAAUGGAUCUGUUGGAUCUCUCUUCUGGAGAUCUAGUCGACAGCAAUUACGGUCUCAGUUGUGUUCCACUGGAUGCAAAGCGAACCUUCGAGUGCACCUUGCGAGACAUCAAGCCAGACAGAUGGAACCUGAGUUGGCUCAUCGAUGAUUCCCGGGAGGUCUUGGGUAAGUUGGAGGUGACUAGUGCCGGCACAGGUGGCUUGAUGAUCGCAAGAAGCCGGUUCACUGUCCCCGACUCCGAACACAAGGAUCUCCCAGACAACCUGACGUGUCAGGCAACUGGUGUCAACGGAGAGUUAUUUACGGUCACUGUACAACUCCAGUUCUGCUCUGGACCUCUCAUCAAAGGUUCAAAUGGAGUGCUUAUCGCCACAGUAGCUCUGGUCAGUGUUCUAAGCACAUUGGUUGUCUUGCCAAUCGUGAUGUUCGUCAAGUUUAGAAGGAACCGAAGAGAACAUAGUGUUCAGAUCAAACGAUCAUCUGUCGAAAUGGAUGUUGCUUCUGACCCGGAUGCUUUAGGACAACCAGGUCAGUCUGAGGUCGGCAGGUCACCGGGAGUGGAUUUUGAAGACAGAAUUGCACCACGAGGUCCACACAAAUACGAGGACAAACUUGCGACAGAGGAUCCACACCAAUACGAGGACAAAGUUGGACAACAGGUUGCAUACAAAUAUGAAGACAGCAUUUCACCACAAGAUCCACACAACUACGAGUACAACAUUUCACAGCAGGUCGUACACAAAUACGAAGACAGAAUUUCUGUUCAUCAAGUAGAUGAACAGGAGUAUGACGACACCACACCACCACAGGAGGCAACACUAAUGCUACCCGAUAGCGAUGAUGAGGACAGUCUACCUCCUUGGGCUGAGGGGUGGAAGGUGCCUCGUUGCGACCUCAUCGUCGGUGAGCGAGUCCUCGGGAGAGGGAACUUUGGUGAGGUGCGAUCAGGUGGUCUGAUGAAAGAUGGAGAACUGACAAGGGCUGCCAUCAAAAUACUCAAAGGCUAUGUAUCGACGAGUGAGAGAGAUGAUUUCAUCGAUGAACUCCGCACGAUGACCUCCAUCGGCCACCAUCCUAAUGUCGUCUGUCUGCUUGGCGCAUGUCAGCAUCGACAGGUGUUGUACGUCGCGUUGGAGUAUCUUCCCCGCGGUGAUCUGCGCAGCUACCUGCGGACGGCUCGCUCACAGUCAGACUCAGACGAGGAUGCCUUGUCUUCCGAUCAGCUGGUCAAGUUUGCUCUGGAUGCUGCUAAGGGAAUGGAGCACCUUGCUAAAGCGGGGGUGAUCCACCGAGAUUUGGCUGCCAGGAACAUCCUACUAUCUGAAGGGCUGACAGCUAAGGUUUCAGACUUUGGACUGUCCAGAGGGGAGGAUAUCUACGUCCAAGCAUCAAAGAGACGGGUUCCAGUCCGCUGGUUGGCUAUUGAGUCAAUCAGGUAUAAGAGGUACACGACAAAUAGUGAUGUGUGGUCUUUUGGCAUCCUCUUGUGGGAAAUAACCACAAUAGGGGGAACCCCCUACCCGACCACCAAGAGCGAGUCACUGGCCAGGAAGCUGAAGGGAGGAUACCGUAUGCCCAAGCCCAGCAACUGUGACGACAAAAGUUACGCCCUGAUGCGUAAGUGCUGGGAAGAGGAUCCGAACAACAGACCAAGUUUCUCUGAACUGGUCUCUAUCCUAAGUGGCACGGAUGACAGUAGAAUUGAACAUACCUAUUUUUCUUUUGACCGAGUGCGUUACGAGAAUUUGAGUGUCAUCCGGCCCGAGUUUGAUGACAACUGAGCAAUCUACAUCAGCGUUCGUUCAACUGCGUCAACCGUUUUCCUGUGUCUUAAUAGGCCGUAUUUUUUACCGAUUGCGGCGCCAUGUUGGGGGUACA